UUGAGUUUGUCGAGCGGUACGGUUGCUCGGCGGUCGGCAUCGCAAUCGCAGUUGCAGCUCGAGCUUGAAGUGUCCAGCGAUAAACCCGUCGUCGCGCUGUCGGAGAAGCUUAAAAACCCAAAUCGAGGAGAGAGCGAGAAAGAGAGAGAGUCGCAGCCUGAGCGGCGGGGGUGUGAGAGAGAGGGAAAGCAGCCAACGGCGACGCUGCUUUCAAUGACGCGACAACAAAAACAAUUAACAAAAUUCGCGUCAAACAACAACUACAAUUCGGCCUUCUCCAUAUUGGCAGCGGCCCAGCGCCGGCAAAAAAAAAAAACAAUAAAACCCAAUUGUUUGUGAUUAAAUAAACAAAACAAGAUCAGCAAAAAAAGCUAAGUCAAAAAGAAGGGACCUCUACAAACAAUGACCGUCUCAUAUGCGGGUGAAGUGCCAAACGGAAGCAGCUUCGGCUGCUUCUGGAAGAUCCUAUGGAAAUGGCGCGGCAGCGUUUACAAAUUGAUCUGGCGCGAAUUAGUUGCGUAUCUGUGUUUAUACUAUACUAUAAAUGUUAUCUACAGAUUUGGCCUGACAGAAAGUCAGCAGGCCAUUUUUAAGAAAAUUCGCCUGUACUUUGGGCAGCAAAGUGAAAGUAUACCCAUGUCCUUUGUGCUGGGCUUCUAUGUAAAUUUGGUGGUGAAACGCUGGUGGGAGCAGUAUCGUCUUUUGCCCUGGCCAGAUACGUUGGCCCUGUUCAUAAGUGCAGCUAUACCCAACUCAAAUGGCGGCGUAAAUAACGAAACGGGUCGCCUAAUGCGUCGUAAUAUCAUGCGCUAUAUGGUUCUGGCCUAUGUGAUCACCCUGCAGCGAAUUUCCCUCCGAGUGAAACGUCGCUUUCCCACCACCCAGCAUCUUGUGGAUGCGGGUCUGAUGCACGAGUCCGAGAUGAAGAUCUUCGAGGCUCUGAAUGCGAAGAGUCCCAUGUCCAAGUACUGGAUGCCCCUGGUCUGGGCCACCAACAUUAUCAAUCGAGCCAGGAAGGAUGGCCUUAUUGCUUCGGAUCAUAUUGUCCAAACCAUUUUGGUGGAACUCUCAGAUAUACGUAGACGUUUGGGUGGUCUUAUUGGCUACGAUACGGUCUGUGUUCCUCUGGUCUACACUCAGGUGGUUACACUGGUGCUGUAUACCUAUUUCAUAGCUGCCCUUUUGGGCCGUCAGAUGUUACCCAAUGUAUUGGAUAAAAACGGUCGCGAAGAUCCCGAUCUAUACUUUCCCCUCUUCACGGUCUUGCAGUUUGUUUUCUACGUGGGCUGGCUGAAAGUGGCCGAGGUGCUAAUCAAUCCCUUUGGCGAAGAUGACGAUGAUAUCGAGCUCAACUGGCUGAUUGACCGGCACAUCAAGGCUGCCUACAUGAUCGUCGACGAGAUGCACGAGGAGCACCCAGAGUUGCUGCGGGAUCAGUACUGGGAGUGCGUGGUGCCCAAGGAUCUUCCCUAUACAGUGGCGUCCGAACAUUACCGGAAGGACGAGCCCAAGGGCUCCGCCGAGAAGUACAAGGUCAAGAAGGAGGACGCCAUGUACGCCAACAUAAUGCCGGGCGGCGGAAAACGGAUGCUUAGCGACGAUGUCUACGCGGAUUACGAGAGCGUGGACACCCCAAUGGUGGAAAGGCGGAAGAAUAACUGGCUGGUGAGGCAGCUAUCCCGCAUGGGUUCGAUGAGAAGCCAGUCGACAGCCUACUCCUCCGGCGGAAUGCCCUUCAACCGGAAUCGCCUCAACUCCGUGUACUCUAGUCCAGAGUCUGGUCUGCCCCUGACCAUCCUGCAACAGCAGCAGCUGCAGCAGGCGCAUCAGCAACAGCAGGCGGGUUCGCAGCCAAGUAAGCCAAGUAUCUAUGGAAAGUUUGUGCAUCGCAAAUCGCUCAGGGCACAACGUCAACUUAUCAAGCAAAACUCCAAGCUAAAUGGCCUAAAUGUGAAUGUGGCCAAGACCAGACCAAGGAUUCCCACGCCGGAGGUAGCCAAGGAUGGCAGCACGAAUCCAGCCACCAGUUCGGUCCUCAUGGCACCACAGCAGCUGAGCACCACCAGCACACCACCGGGCAUGUACCCCACCUCCUACGCACCCGACACCCUUCUGCACCAGGAGAGCGGCCAGGUGCUGGGCACGCUGCUGCUCUCGCCCAUCAAAGAGAUGGAUAGCUCAUCGUCCAAUAACACUCUGAUUCCAGGACAUCCCGCCACCGCCGCCCUGGCAGCCAGCAUGAAGGAGGGAUUCGCAGCAAGCAAUAUUCCCGCUGCUACGAACAUCACCACAUUAUCCUUCCCCUUCAGCGUGACCAGCAGUGGUGGAGAAACCGGGACGCUGAGCAUCCUGCCCAUUACGGCCAACGCCCAGUUGCCCACGAUCACCACCACAGCCAGUGGGUACGAUCCCAACGAUGUGAUCACCACGAUACCGGUAUCGCUGUCCAUCCAGAGAUCGCCAUCAGCACUUUCCAUUGUGGAGCUGACCGGCACCGAUGUGCAGGAUGGUUAUAGCAACGGUGGGUCAAGCAAUGGAAAUGGUGGAAUCACCACCACGGCCCUGCUCUCCGUUAAGCCCCUCAACGGGAACCCAAACAUAUCGCGAAACAACAGCUUCAAUUUGAGCCUAAAUCUGCAGGAUCCACAGCAGCGAUCCUCGGUGAGAUCUGCGGGAAGACCCGCGGAUACGACGGACACCUCGGCCACGAUGCCAAUGCCUCAGAGGAGCGGAGGUCUGGAAGUGGGAACGGGGGGAUCUUCGGCACCCUCAACACUGGCGAAACACAAGCCGGAACAAAAGACCGGAGAGGUCUAUGUGUGACAUUCAAAUCCUCCGGAUUAGAUUGGUUUAAAUUCGAUCGGAAUUCGAAGGACGUAAUUAGACUUAAGAACCAAUGGCUUUUCGCCACCCGGAACCACUUAAAUGAUAUUAACAGUAGCCUGGAAAAGUUUGAUUUGUACAAGGACAAAAAGUAUUUAUGUCCCAUCACUUUUCUAAUAGCAAACCAAUCAGGAAGUCUGACACCGUUUUUUAUUUUAAUUGUUUUUAAAGGAAUUACGAAAAUGAAUAAAAACAAUACACAUUUUAUUUAGAAUUCCAAUAAAACGUAAUCUUUAUAAAAGCGGUAUCAGACCCCUAUAUUUUGUACUUUAAGUCCAGCUCAACAAAAUUCUAGUAAAUACAAGAAGAACAUUACCAACCAAUUGUAACUGUACAGAGUAUUGUAUAUAGUUAGCUUAUAUAAUAGGAAAUUGACUUAUUGUUUUGGCACUUGCCAUAUUAGUUAAGCGUUUUAAUCUUUGCAUAACUUUAUAAAGAAUCUCUAUCUCGUGUAGGCAGUGUAAAUACUUGUAAACCAACACAGUAUGUGAUAUGCGAUUGUUAUUCAGCUAGAUUUUGUAUCUUUACAAGUACAGAUAAAUAAGUGCCUAAGUUUAUAUUCUGUAAUUAUAAUCCCAUGUAUGUGAAUGUAAGAAAAUAAUGCAAUUGUGGCUUUUGUGCAGAUAAAGACGCAACUUCUUUUAGUUAUACUUUGAAAUAAAAUCAAUCACUUAACAAAGAA